AUGGCUGUCAGUGACCCGUCUUUGACAGCGAAGCUGGUUUCCGAAUUUGUGGGCACGUUCCUGCUCGUGCUGACUGUCGGAUGCAAUGUUCUAGGAAGCACGAGCACGUGGGGUGGCGUGUCAAUCGCUUUCGUUCUCAUGGUUUCCAUCUAUGCAAUGGGAGCCAUCUCGGGAGCGAAUUUUAACCCGGCUGUGUCGGUGACUUUGGGCAUUUCGAAGUCUAUGGGCGGGCCCGGCCUCGAUUGGAAGACCGUCGGUCAAUACUCGGCAGUUCAGACCCUGGCUGGGAUUUCAGCUGCUGUCUGCUACUGCUUGCUGUACGGACGCAGCUUCAACUUGACGCCGUCGGAGGGAUUUGGCUGGCUCAAUGCCGGGUUGUGCGAGACGCUCUACACGUUCGUGCUUACGUUCGUGGUCCUGAAUGUGGCAGCAGCCCGCAAGAAUGCGACAGAGCGCAACGAGUACUAUGGCAUGGCCAUUGGGUUGGUCAUCGUUGCAGGAGCCUAUGGUGCCGGAGCUGUGUCCGGGGGCUGCUUCAAUCCCGCUGUCGCUCUCGCAAUCGAUGUGUCGAGCGCAGCUCGUGGAUUUGGCUGGUGUGUGCCCUAUGUCCUUUUCGAGCUUGCUGGGGCAGCAGCAGCAGCCGCUCUCUUCAAGCUUGUGCGUCCUGAAGAUUUCGGUGGUGAACGCUCCGGACAGGCAGAGCUUGUGUCGGAGUUUCUAGGAACAUUCGUGCUCGUUUUGACAGUCGGUUUGAAUGUGCUCGCCAAGUCCCCAGCUGGUGCACUCUCGAUUGCUGCAGCCUUGACAGCCAUGAUCUAUGCUGUUGGUGACGUCUCCGGAGCUCAUUUCAAUCCAGCUGUGACACUGGCAAUCUUUGCAUCGGGCAGGAGCGCGCAGUUGACCCCGGUGAAGGCUAGCAUGUACGUUGCUGCUCAGAUAUGUGGUGGAAUCGCGGCGGCUGCCACGUACACAUUCAUCUAUGUUGGGCAAUCUUUCCCACUAGGCCCGGUCGCCGGCAGCACGUGGUCGCAGGUCGUGGUCGCAGAGACAAUCUUCACCUUUCUGCUGAGCUUUGUGGUUCUCUGCGUUGCCGUGUCAUCCAGGACGAAGAGUUCCCAGAUGUUCGGACUCCUGAUCGGUUCCUGCGUCACAGUCGGAGGCUUCGCGAUUGGUGGAAUUUCCGGCGGGUCUUUGAAUCCGGCAGUCUCUGUGGGGAUCGCAUCCGCCAAUCUUCUCAAUGGUGGGCUCUUUUACACGGCUCUGAUUUACUCUGCACUGGAGCUCACUGGUGGAGCCAUCGCUGUUGGAGUGUUCAGGCUCACACAUGAUGUGGACCUGGACUCGGCAGAGAAGGAGAAGCUGGUUGCAUGA